AAUAUUUCACUUUAUUAUGCACCUCAUUAAAAUACUCAAAUCUGAUUGGUUCUUAGUUGCUUGUAAUUUGGCAAUACUCUGCUCUUUUCUGAAAACUGCCGGAUAUUUUUUUAAUAUCUGACCCUUUCGAGAAAAAGGGUCGGAUAUUUUUUUCAAUGUUUUUGCAACAUUCCCACUUCAGAGUUUUAUUUCUUAAUAACUGGAGUACUACUUAAAACUUACAUCUGAAACUGGCGGAAAAUAGAAGAAAAAAUGCACUUAAUCAAUCACGAUUACCCUUAUCAUUCAAAAGUUACAUAUAAUUCUGCAAGAACGUCUCGAAUAAAUAAAAAUUAAAUUCCCCGGGGCAAAUAUUUUCGUCCAAUGUAGCCUGGCCGGAAGUCGUCUGAGUUUUGAAAGAAAAAAGAAAUAGAAAUCUAAAUGUCAACUAAAAGACAGUUUAAGACUGUAAAUGAGGAUGAAAUACAAGUUAUUUUAGAUUCAAGGGAAUCUGCAAACACAAAGAAACAGAUCGCUAAAGCCGAAAGAGCAUUUAACGACUUUCUGAGUCAAAACAAUGUAAGAGAAGAUUUCGAAAAUUUAGAGAGGGAAGACAUAUGUGAAAAUUUGAUUGAAUUCUUCAGUGGUAUCAGAAAGGGUGAUGAGAAAUACAAAACAAAUUCCCUGGUAUCAUUCAAGUAUGGCAUAACAAAGUAUUUAGCAGCAAAUUCAGAUAUUGACCUAAAGAACGAUGCAGCAUUCCUUCGAUUUCGACAAAUUUUUGAUGCUUUACUGUGUCAAAACAAGAAGGAUGGAUAUGGUUCCACAGAUCACAAGGAGCCAAUUGAGGAAGAAGAUAUUCAGAAGUUAUAUGGAGGCACGACUUAAGUAUUUGACACUCUAGCACCAGUUGGUUUACAGAAUAAGGUAUUUUUCGAAAUCAUGCUGUAUCUCUGUCGCCGCGGCAGAGAAAAUCUACGAGAGAUGACAAAAGAUACAUUUAAAAUUGCAAAAGAUGGCUCUGGACGUGAAUAUAUCUAUCAAUACAAGGAUGAAAUGGACAAAAAUCAUCGUAAGUCUUCUGAUGAAAAUUCACAGGGACGUAUAUAUGAAACAUGUA